UUUAAAAGAAAAAAGAAAAAGAAAACUCUUGUUCUUGAAUCUUAUAGUUAAACAAGCACCUUAAUCCUUCCCGCCAUUUCUAUAUUCAGUCUCACUCUCUCAGGUCAGGCCUUUGUCCAGAACACCCACUAUUUUCCCCCAAUUCUUCUCCAUUUGAUGCUCUCCCGAUCACUGUGUUCAUGCUAUUGUCUACGCCCACGCUCUCUCCACCAUCUCAGCACCUCCAUUUCUGUCUUCCGCUCCAAACCCUCUUCUCUCUCUCUCACCCUCAUUUCCCUCUCCCCGAAAAACCCUAAUCUUCGCGCCAUGUCCUCUCGCCCCUCCGCCUUCGACGCUCUUAUGUCCGGCGCUCGCGCCGCCGCAGCCAAGAAAAAGCCCCAAGCUUCACCCCCCAAGAAGCGAAAAACCCUAGAACCUAACCCUAUUGAAAACCCCCAAUUGCUAUUGAAACCCGAAAAUGGCAGUCCAACCCAAGCCCCAGAAUCCAAGGAAGUCAAAGAAGCUCUAGAAAGUUCUAGUAAUGGCGGCCAGGUGGUUCCCCCCGCGAAAAAAGUGUGCGCGGCGGCAGGUGCUCAGGAGCGGACGGCGGAAUUGAAGAACCGAAUCGCUCUGUUGAAGAAGAAAGCCGGUGAAUUUGACCCGAAAUUGAUGGCGAAUUGGGGCGAGGGCGAGAGGGUUCCGUUUGCGUUUGUUUGUUUGGCUUUUGAUUUGAUUGCGAACGAGACGGGUCGGAUUGUGAUCACGGAUAUAGUGUGUAACAUGUUGAGGACUGUAAUGCACACCACGCCUGAGGAUUUGGUGCCCGUGGUUUAUCUGGCCGCCAAUCGGAUUGCUCCGGCGCAUGAGGGAUUGGAGCUUGGAAUUGGGGAUGCUUCGAUUAUCAAGGCACUUGCAGAGGCUUGUGGGAGGACUGAAGCACAUGUUAAGAAACAAUACAAGGAAUUGGGAGAUUUGGGUCUUGUUGCAAAAGCAAGCCGUUCAUCUCAAUCUAUGAUGCGCAAGCCUGAUUCGUUAACUGUCACCAAGGUUUUCAGUACAUUUCGUCAACUUGCUAAGGAAUCUGGGAAGGAUAGUCAGGAGAAGAAAAAGAACCAUAUCAAGGCACUUCUUGUUGCUGCCACUGAUUGUGAACCUCAAUAUCUGAUCCGUUUGCUUCAGACAAAGCUGCGAAUUGGGUUGGCAGAGCAGACUCUCUUAGCUGCAUUGGGACAAGCUGCAGUGCAUACUGAAAAACAUUCGACACCACCUUCUCAUAUUCAGAGUCCUAUAGAUGAGGCUGCAAAGAUUGUUAAGCAAGUGUACUCUCUACUUCCUGAUUACGAUAAAAUCAUCCCUGCCCUUUUAAGUGGUGGUGUGUGGAAUCUUCCGAAGACAUGUAGCUUUACUUUGGGUGUCCCAGUUGGACCUAUGCUAGCAAAGCCAACUAAAGGUGUAUCUGAGAUUGUACAGAAGUUUCAGGAUACAGAAUACACCUGUGAAUACAAGUAUGAUGGAGAACGUGCCCAGAUACAUUACAUGGAGGAUGGUUCUGUUGAGAUAUACAGUCGAAAUGCUGAACGAAACACUGGAAAGUUCCCUGAUGUUGUUGUUGCAGUGUCGAGGUUAAAGAAGUCAUCUGUAACAUCAUUUGUUCUGGAUUGUGAAUUGGUUGCUUAUGACCGUGUAAAACAGAAAAUUCUUCCUUUCCAGGUACUCAGCACUAGAGCUCGUAAAAAUGUGGCAAUGAGUGAUAUUAAGGUCGAUGUCUGCAUAUUUGCUUUUGACAUGUUGUAUCUUAAUGGACAACCACUAAUUCAAGAACAACUGAAAGUUCGUAGAGAGAGUCUUUAUGACUCUUUUGUGGAAGAAGCUGGAUUUUUUCAGUUUGCCACAGCAAUAACAUCAAAUGAUAUUGAAGAAAUACAAAAGUUUCUUGAUGCUGCUGUUGAUUCAAGUUCUGAGGGUUUAAUUAUCAAAACAUUGAACAAAGAUGCUACUUAUGAGCCUUCAAAGCGGUCACUUAACUGGCUGAAAUUGAAGAAAGAUUACAUGGAGAGUAUUGGGGACUCACUAGACUUGGUACCUAUUGCUGCUUUCCAUGGCCGGGGGAAACGUACAGGUGUCUACGGUGCUUUCCUCCUUGCUUGUUAUGAUAGCAACAAUGAAGAGUUUCAAAGCAUUUGUAAAAUAGGCACUGGAUUCUCUGAAGCAAUGCUUGAAGAACGUUCUGCCAGUCUCCGUACUAAAGUGAUACCCAAACCUAAGUCAUACUAUCGUUAUGCAGAGACAAUGAAUCCUGAUGUAUGGUUUGAUGCCUCUGAGGUUUGGGAAGUGAAAGCUGCGGACUUGACUAUUAGCCCUGUUCAUCGUGCCGCAGUUGGCAUAGUAGAUCCUAAUAAGGGUAUUUCUCUUCGAUUUCCACGUCUUGUUCGUGUUCGGGAAGAUAAACCCCCAGAGCAAGCCUCAUCAUCUGCGCAGGUUGCUGAGAUGUAUUCUGCCCAAGCUAACACUCGUUCAAACAAUCAAGAUGACAACGAAGAUGAUUAAGGAGCAAAGUUGAGCCAUAUUUCACUCAUUUCUGGAGAUGUCUGAUGUGCAAAGACCAGCAGUCUUGUUGGUACAGCCCAUGCGAGUAGAUAUCUGAAUGUGAUGUUUAUAAGUUUAAGCCUAUUAGGGUUUAACCAGUGCAUGAGGGCCCAGUUGCCAUCCUUGCGUGUUCGCUAAUAAUAUAGUGCCAGAGGGCCGAAGCUACGCAGAGGAGUCAAACAUUGAGAUUAUCAGUGGUAAUGUUUCAUCCUGUACCCUUGACCACUUGAACCAAGGGUCAUGGGCUUAGCAAUUCUAAUGAGCACAGCUUAGGAAUAUUAUAUGUUUUAAGGUACACACUAAUCUUGUUUUUUUAUAAUUUGUGACAUUUCUCAAUUGAAUGCCAGUGAUUCUGUUGAUAACAACAAGAUGAGAGAAUUUUCACCACAGCUAAACAUAUUGACAUUAA